AUGUGGCAUAAAGAACGAGUGCUUUCCUUCCCUCGAAUGUGUCGAAAAAUAAAAAAGGUCACGCUAACAGAAGAGAAAAGGCGAGAAGUUUCCGUCUCCAACCAGGUGUCAAUUUAUUUGUUUUAUGCGGUGAAUGCAUUACGGUGUUUUCAUAUUUUAAUCGAAACUUUAUCAGCGAUAGACCAGAAAAAUGAGCUGUCCAUUCAACGACGAAAAGCUUGCACAGCUGAAGGCAUUUUCGCAACAUUUGAAGCACAGAACUCAACUCCGUCCGGCGAUAAUGCUGCUCCUAAUAAGCAUGCAGAAGAAGCAAAUGCAUCAUCUGGAGAAGAAUCUGCACCUGAGUCUGAUGUGGAAUUGGAUAUGGAAGGUGUCAUAGAAGGAGAUGCACUUGAAGACUCUCAGAUAAUGGGUGAUGACUCAAAGGAAGUGACAGAUGAAGAAAGGGACCAAUCAGAUGAGAAGAGAACAGAAGCAAUGAAAGCUUUCUCAGAACAGCAAUUUGAUGAAGCCAUUAAAUUGUACAGUGAAGCUAUAAAGCUCAAUCCCCAAAGUGCUCUUCUAUUUGCAAAGAGAGGACAGGCAUACCUAAAGCUGAACAAACCAAAUGCAUGUAUCAAAGACUGCACGCGCGCACUCGAGCUGAACUGCGACAGUGCCGCCGCUUAUAAAUUCCGUGGACGCGCUUACAGGUUGCUAGGCAAGUUCGAAGAGGCUAGCCAUGAUCUAUGUGAAUCUCUGAAAAUCGAUUAUGACGAUCAAUCUAAUGAGUGGUUGAACGAGGUGAAACCAAAUGCUGAAAAACUACGUCAACAUAAGCUUAGUUUUCAACGUAGGAAGGAAGAGAGAGAGCACCGUGAGAAGCUGCGUCGUGCCCGCAAAGCGCAGGAGGCGCGAGCGCGUGCGGCGCGUGCGCAGGCCGAGGCGGAGGCGCGGGCGCCGAACCCCGGCUCUGCGCCUGGAGCUGGAGGCUUUCCUGGCGCAGGGAUCAACCCGCAAGAUUUUAGCAAUUUGCUAUUCGAUCAAGAUAUCAUGGCUGCUUUCCAGGAUCCAGAAGUGGCCGCAGCAUUCCAGGAUGUAUCUGCCAAUCCGGCUAAUUUCGUAAAGUAUCAAAACAAUCCUAAAAUCGCAGCUGUAAUAGAAAAACUGCAGAGCAAACUAGGCAAGGGAGGCAAUAACCCGUUCUCUGGAGGAUUCCCAGGUUUCGGCGCCGCUGGCGGCCCUGGCGGUCCAGGCUCAGGACCCAAACCACCAACGGACGAUGACGUCGGCCUUGACUAA